CCCUUCCCAAACUCAUGGUGCAAACAAAUAGUAAACAUAACAGGAAGAAAUUAAGGGUGAAACAACAAAAGUGCCAGAUCAAAAUAUCCCACAGUGUCAAGCCAAAAUGAUCUUUUUAUUUUUUAUUUUGCUCAGGCGGCAGUUAGUCGCCAAUUUUCUCUGUCAGAGUAAGACCACAAAAUCAACAUGGCGGCACCCGGCUCAAAAUCUGUUCUUUUCGUCUGUCUAGGGAAUAUCUGCAGGUCCCCCAUCGCUGAAGCUGUUUUUAGGAAAAUGGCAGCUGAUUCUGGUGUUGUUGAUCAGUGGCGGAUAGACAGUGCUGCCACCUCUACCUAUGAGAUAGGAAACCCUCCAGACCACCGCGGUCAGGCGUGCAUGAAGAGGCACAACGUGCCCAUGAGGCAUGUGGCUAGGCAGGUGACCAAGGAUGAUUUUAUGAGCUUCAGCCACAUUCUAUGCAUGGACGACAGCAAUUUGAGUGACUUGAACAGAAAAGCAAAACAGGUGAAAAACAGCACUGCGAAGAUCGAGCUUCUCGGUUCAUAUGACCCAGAGAAGGAGCUCAUCAUCAAAGACCCGUAUUAUGGGGGCGACGAGGACUUUGAAAAAGUCUAUGAACAGUGUCUGCGAUGCUGCAAAGCUUUCCUGGAGGCGAACCCCUAACUGAAAUCUUCACGGAUUCAAGGAGAAACCUCAAAUAUCAACCUGAUAUUUUUGAUUGUGUCAUACGAGCACUUACCAUUAUAGUUCAUUAAAUCACUUAAAGACCCAUAUAUUUUUGGAUUGUUUGAAUAAAAGAGAUGCAAACAUUACAUUUAAAUGAGGGUUACAGCUGUACACGUGCACUGUAAACUUAUGCAGUUGAUUGUAUUAAAAGAGAAUUUGGACUGUGU